AUGGCUGUAAACUCUUCCAUCGCGUUCGACCUCCCGCCUUUGCCAACCUAUACACUUCAACCGCGAGAGAACCUACUUGAUCCUCUUCCCGAUAACGUUCUUGCGCUCCUUUUACCCAUUGUCGCCUAUUGGGCCCUGUCCAUGGUCUAUCAUUAUCUGGAUGUCAAUGAUUACUUCGUUGAAUACCGACUCCACACCCCCGCAGAGGUCCUGAAGCGGAAUCGCGUGACCCGCUGGGAAGUUGUCCGCGAUGUCGUACUGCAACAAAUCAUCCAGACCGUGGCCGGUCUGGCGUUUGUAUAUUUCGAUGCCGAAGAGACUGUUGGAAGAGAGGAGUACGAUGUGGCCGUGUGGGCGCAGCGAUUGCGGAUUUUCCAAAAGGCCAUCCCGUCAUUGUUGGCUCUUGUUGGGGUGGAUGCGGUUGGUCUUUCUAAGUCCAUGUCCCAAAGCGGCCACACGAUCCUUGCCGGAGCCUUAGCCGGCGGUUCAUAUCCAAGUGCGACACAGUCACAGAUUCUCGAAAGUGGCGCUGAAGUCCUCGCCCCCGCUUUCAUGGGCUGGGAGCUUGCAGUGGCCGGCUUCAUUUUUUGGUACUUCGUGCCGGCUCUGCAGUUCAUGCUUGCUAUCUGCAUUGUGGAUACUUGGCAGUACUUCCUUCACCGGGCCAUGCAUCUGAACCGGUGGUUGUAUGUGACCUUCCACUCCCGUCAUCACCGUCUUUAUGUUCCAUAUGCCUUUGGUGCUCUCUACAAUCAUCCAUUUGAGGGGUUCCUCUUGGACACUGCUGGCACUGGAAUUGGAUUCCUGGUUUCCGGCAUGAACACCCGCCAGGCCAUGUGGUUCUUCACAAUGUCGACUAUCAAGACUGUUGAUGAUCACUGUGGUUAUGAAUUCCCCUGGGAUCCAUUGCAGCAUUUCACGUCGAACAACGCCGCAUAUCAUGAUAUCCACCACCAAAGCUGGGGUAUCAAGUCUAACUUCUCCCAGCCUUUUUUCAUCUUCUGGGACCGCCUCCUUGGCACCCAGUGGACUGGCGAUAUUCAGCAGCGCUACGAGAGAGCCCGUGAGAACGCCCAAAAACAGGUGGACCUUGAUGCUAUCAAAGCAGCUGAAGCCGCUCCCGCCGUGACGGUGACAGAGGAACGCGAACACGAGCGCGUGAUAGUCUCACCUGAGGGACCCGCGACUCGCACUCGUCUGCGCCGGAAGACUGUCGAUAGUCUGAAGGGCCCAAGCCAUGGAGUUCCUGGAAGCGUUCUCCACAAUUAA